UUAUUCCCAGCAGAUGGCCCUGAAGUUCACUUCCUGAAUUGCCUCGCGGAGCCGCGGGCUGCACUGUGAGGCGGCCGCUGCCAGUCGACUCUAGCACCAGAGUUGCCCCUGCAGUUGGGUAGCAACGAGAAUCCUCCAGGGGUGCAGGGCGACGGCUUCGGCCGCACCGCAGGCUGGCCAGGGCUGCGUGCCCACCUCUGACUCCCAGCAGAGGUGUCUCUGGCCAGGAGGAGUUGAAGUUCUGCAGGACAUUGGUCCGCCCGGGGACAAUCCACUCCGCGGGGACUUUCUCUGGAUAAGGACCUCCUCUACAGUGGUGAGGUCACAGCCCGUUGGAGCCCUCCCUCUUCCCACCCCUCCCGCUCCCGGGUCUCCUCUGGCCUGGGGUAACCCGAGGUGCAGAGAGCUGAGAAUGAGGCGAUUUCGGAGGAUGGAGAAAUAGCCCCGAGUCCCGUGGAAAAUGAGGCCGGCGGACUUGCUGCAGCUGGUGCUGCUGCUCGCCCUGCCCAGGGACCUGGGCGGAAAGGGGUGUUCGUCUCCACCCUGCGAGUGCCAUCAGGAGGAGGACUUCAGAGUCACCUGCAAGGAUAUUCAACGCAUCCCCAGCUUACCGCCCAGUACGCAGACUCUGAAGCUUGUUGAGACUCACCUGAGAACUAUUCCAAGUCAUGCAUUUUCUAAUCUGCCCAAUAUUUCCAGAAUCUACAUAUCUAUAGAUGUGACUCUGCAGCAGCUGGAAUCACACUCCUUCCACAAUUUGAGUAAAGUGACUCACAUAGAAAUUCGGAAUACCAGGAACUUAACUUACAUAGACCCUGAUGCCCUCAAAGAGCUCCCCCUCCUAAAGUUCCUUGGCAUUUUCAACACUGGACUUAAAAUGUUCCCUGACCUGACCAAAGUUUAUUCCACUGAUAUAUUCUUUAUACUUGAAAUUACAGACAACCCUUACAUGACAUCAAUCCCUGCGAAUGCUUUUCAGGGACUAUGCAAUGAAACCUUGACACUGAAGCUGUACAACAAUGGCUUUACUUCAAUCCAAGCAUAUGCUUUCAAUGGGACAAAGCUGGAUGCUGUUUACCUAAACAAGAAUAAAUACCUGACAGUUAUUGACAAAGAUGCAUUUGGAGGAGUAUACAGUGGACCAAGCUUGCUGGACGUGUCUCAAACCAGUGUCACUGCCCUUCCAUCCAAAGGCCUGGAGCACCUGAAGGAACUGAUAGCAAGAAACACCUGGACUCUUAAGAAACUUCCACUUUCCUUGAGUUUCCUUCACCUCACACGGGCUGACCUUUCUUACCCAAGCCACUGCUGUGCUUUUAAGAAUCAGAAGAAAAUCAGAGGAAUACUUGAGUCCUUGAUGUGUAAUGAGAGCAGUAUGCAGAGCUUGCGCCAGAGAAAAUCUGUGAAUGCCUUGAAUAGCCCCCUCCACCAGGAAUAUGAAGAGAAUCUGGGUGACAGCAUUGUUGGAUACAAGGAAAAGUCCAAGUUCCAGGAUACUCAUAACAACGCUCAUUAUUACGUCUUCUUUGAAGAACAAGAGGAUGAGAUCAUCGGUUUUGGCCAGGAGCUCAAAAACCCCCAGGAAGAGACUCUACAAGCUUUUGACAGCCAUUAUGACUACACCGUGUGUGGGGACAAUGAAGACAUGGUGUGUACCCCCAAGUCCGAUGAGUUCAACCCAUGUGAAGACAUAAUGGGCUACAAGUUCCUGAGAAUUGUGGUGUGGUUCGUUAGUCUGCUGGCUCUCCUGGGCAAUGUCUUUGUCCUGCUUAUUCUCCUCACCAGCCACUACAAACUGAACGUCCCCCGCUUUCUCAUGUGCAACCUGGCCUUUGCGGAUUUCUGCAUGGGGAUGUACCUGCUCCUCAUCGCCUCUGUAGACCUCUACACUCACUCUGAGUACUACAACCAUGCCAUCGACUGGCAGACAGGCCCUGGGUGCAACACGGCUGGUUUCUUCACUGUCUUUGCGAGCGAGUUGUCAGUGUAUACACUGACAGUCAUCACCCUGGAGCGCUGGUAUGCCAUCACCUUCGCCAUGCGCCUGGACAGGAAGAUCCGCCUCAGGCACGCAUGUGCCAUCAUGGUUGGGGGCUGGGUUUGCUGCUUCCUUCUCGCCCUGCUCCCUUUGGUGGGAAUAAGUAGCUAUGCCAAAGUCAGCAUCUGCCUGCCCAUGGACACCGAGACCCCUCUUGCUCUGGCAUAUAUUGUUUUUGUUCUGACGCUCAACAUAGUUGCCUUCGUCAUCGUCUGCUGCUGUUAUGUGAAGAUCUACAUCACAGUCCGAAAUCCGCAGUACAACCCAGGGGACAAAGAUAGCAAAAUUGCCAAGAGGAUGGCUGUGCUGAUCUUCACCGACUUCAUGUGCAUGGCCCCAAUCUCGUUCUAUGCUCUGUCAGCAAUUCUGAACAAGCCUCUCAUCACUGUUAGCAACUCCAAAAUCUUGCUGGUACUCUUCUACCCACUUAACUCCUGUGCCAAUCCAUUCCUCUAUGCUAUUUUCACCAAAGCCUUCCAGAGGGAUGUGUUCAUCCUACUCAGCAAGUUUGGCAUCUGUAAACGCCAGGCUCAGGCAUACCGGGAGCAGAGGGUUCCUCCAAAGAACAGCACUGAUAUUCAGGUUCAAAAGGUUACCCAUGACAUGAGGCAGGGUCUCCACAACAUGCAAGAUGUCUAUGAACUGCUCGAAAACUCCCAUCUAACCCCAAAGAAGCAGGGCCAAAUCUCAGAAGAGUAUAUGCAAACGGUUUUGUAAGUUAACACUACACUACUCACAAUGGUAGGGGAACUUACAAAAUAAUAGUUUCUUGAAUAUGCAUUCUAAUCCCAUGACACCCCCAACACAUAGCUGCGCUCACUCUUGUGCAGGCGAUGUUUCGAUGUUUCAAUGUUUCAUGGGGCAAGAGUUUAUCUCUGGAGAGUGAUUAGUAUUAACCUAAUCAUUGCCCCCAAGAAGGAAGUUAGGCUACCAGCAUAUUUGAAUGCCAGGUAUCAAAAUAAUCUAUACGGUCUAGGAGACUUUCUUGAUACCAAGUCCCGAGAUGACAUUGUGUAGGAUGUUCAGUAAAUAUUAACUGAGCCAUGUCAAUAUAGAGCUUCUCAGUUUUGUAUAACAUUUCAUACUAAAGAUUCAGCAAAUGGAAAAUGCUAUUAAUUUGGUUGGUGACCACAAGAUAAAAUUAGUCCCAUGUUGGCUCAGUUCAACUAGAUGUUCCCUGAUACAAAGAGAACUUGAUUUCCUUAAAAUGGAAAAGCCAAACACAGCUAGCUGUCGUACAAGAAACAGCUAUUAUGAGACAUGAAGGAGGAUAAGAAUUAGCUUUAAGUUUUGUUUUGCUUUGUUUUGUUUCUUAACUCAACCUAUUAAUCAUCUCUUCACAAGAAUCCACCUGAUGUGACCAAGCUAUUAUGUGUUGCCUGGAAAAACUGGCAAGAUUUCAGCUUAUGUGGCCUAGCAAACUAAGAAUUGCUCUUCUUGGCCAGCCUCAUAGCAUAAAAGAUAUGAACUCUAGGAAGUCUUUCUGAGUAGCAAUAAGUGGGAAUUAUGGGCAGAGCACUCUCAAUCCCUUGUUGAUUAAUAAAACAGGCUGGACACUAAUUAACUAUGGGACUUAAAUCUGUAGAAAUGAAGGAGUCCAAUAGCUUCUUCCAAUUUUAAAACUCUAGUACAUCCCUUUCCCUCAAAUAUAUAUUUCUAAGAGAAAGAGAAAGAAGAACACUAAGUAAGUAGAUUCUGUUUUUCCUAUUUUGUAGGGCUGCUGACUCCCAGUCCUUGAAGCCUAGACAUAUGACCCAGGAAAUUUUUCCUUUGUUUCACUUUUGAUUAUGAUGUCUGAACCAAAAAUUCAAUUAAGUAAACAUAUUCGCCUGGAUCUGAAUCAUUCAUUUAAUUACUAGAUCUACCCAGCUAUAAUUAUCAGGCCAAAAACAGAUUCGUGUUUAUAUAAAAGAGUAAAUGAUGGUUGCAAAUUUUGGUUAUUUAGAGCUGCUACUUCACUAUGAAGAGUCACUUCAAAACACUUCGCUUGUCUUUAGGGAUGAUUUUUGCCAUUUCCAGCCCACGGUAUGAUACUAAAGCUGUCAAGAGAGGUUUCUUCUUUUCUGAAAUUGCCAGCUCUUUCCAGCCCUGUUGAUCACUGGACAUAAAACUUCUUUUCCCCAAUAAUUCUUCUUUACUUAAAAUAGUCAGGAUCUUUAUCUACAGAUGUACUCUCCAGGUUAUCUGUGAUGAUAGCCCCCUAAUGUCCUGCUAGAAAAGUCUCCAAGCAGAGAUGACAUUACUUCUGAAUGCUCAUAAACCACACCAUGAAAUAAAAGCUCUUUGUUGUUUUAAGAUUGUGGAGUGUGGUUAAUAGGUCCCCACAGAUGGUCCCUGCUGGACUCACCUGGAAUCUCUCCACAGCCAUACCCAUUCAUCACUAUCAUUGAGACCUGCACAUCUUAAUAGAAAUAUUAUAAACAUCUAAAAUCAUGACUCACCUAGAAGUUCACUUGUAACUAAUGAAAUUAAACAAAUGUGUUGCCUUUUGUCAUGUGUUUCUUUCCUGUCACAUUUCAAAAUAUCACAUCUUGAUAAAUAAUGUGUUUCAUCUUGAAUAGCUGAACUAAUGCUUUGGAAACAGAGUCCUAGAAAAGUGACUUCAACAGAAUUGUUACUAAAAUUUGCACUCACAACAUGAAAUAAAUUUUCUUCCUAUGGAAUAAU